CGCCCCUCUCCCCCAGCGCCCAUCUUCACUCUCCGCCGUCUCCACGAGCGUUUUCCCCACGGAGGCCUCGCACCCCGGCGGGAGAUGCGGAAGGUGGACGCUGGCAGGAGGGAGGUCCGAGCGAGGCAGGCCAGGGCCGAGGAGCGGCUUAUGAAGUUUUUCCCCGCAACGCGCAUGAUUUUAAGCCAGCAUCGAUUGAUACAUCUUGUGAGGGGGAUCUCCAGGUUGGUAAAGGAGAUGAUGUAACAAUCACUUUGCCACAUAUUCCGGGUUCAACUCCACCAAUGACUGUGUUUAAAGGAAAUAAAAGGCCAUAUCAGAAGGACUGUGUGCUUAUUAUCAAUCACGACACUGGGGAAUACGUGCUGGAAAAACUUAGUAGCAGCAUCCAAGUCAAGAAAACAAGAGCAGAGGGCAGCAGUAAGAUCCAAGCCCGAAUAGAACAACAGUCUGCCCGAGCUUCUCAGCCUCCUUCACAGUUCAGAGCCCCAACCAAGCCAGCAGCUGGACCUAAAACUUCUCCUUUGAAAGAUAAUCCUUCUCCUGAGCCUCAGCUGGAUGACAUUAAGAGAG